AGCUGUUUCUCUGCAAUCUCCUAGCUUUAAUUUAGUCAUAUACAGGUAUAUUUAUAAUGAUUUGCUUUUGCUGUCUCUGCACAUAAAAUGGCAAAGUAUUGUCAGUAUGAUAAAAGUUUAUUGCUACUUUAAAGAAAAAGUGAUUAAUGAUCUUUUAAUGAUCUUUUAGUGUUCCCCAUGCAGGCUGCAUGUAGUGACAGUUUUAUACUCUUUCCCCCCAGUGUUUUCAAGGAGAAGCGAAUCCUUCAGAAGGUUACCAGCACAGAGCACCCAUUCCUGGUUUCCUUAUACGCCACAUUCCAGAGUGAGAAUCACCUCUUUUUUGUUAUGGAAUAUCUCCCUGGAGGUGAUCUGUGCCAUCUGCUCGAGCAUCAAGGAGCAUUUGAGGAGUCAAAAGCCAUGUUUUACACUGCCUGUGUAGUCCUCGGCCUGGAGGAAUUGCACCGGAACAAUAUUGUUCAUAGGUAAGUGUUACGGCUCUUAUAGCACUGUACAAAUCACAUUAUCCAAUAUAAAAUGAAGAAAAGUCUAAUUUAUCUGUGUCUUAAUAUCUGUCUUCCCAUUGCUAUAAUGGUUACUAUUUUCAUUUUUCUUUAAAUUCAGAGACUUGAAACUGGAAAAUCUAAUGGUGGAUGUGCAUGGCUAUCUGAAAAUUGUGGAUUUUGGCCUGAGCAAAGAUGGUAAAGUUUGUUAUAAUUGCAAAGCAUAUAAGGGAAUAGUUGGGGUUGAUUUGGAUGAUUUUUAUAUAUAUCUAUCUGUGUAUGAGCAGUAUGUAUGCAAGCAGCUGAGGGAAGUCUCACACAGAUAGGGGAUACAGAUCAUCUUACAGUGUCUUUUUGUCUUUAAGGUUUCCGAAAUGGAGAUCGCAGUAAGACCCGGUGCGGAACAAACUGCUACAUGGCCCCAGAGAUCAUUGAUGAGAUGGCAUACAGCAGGGCCG